UCAAAAGAAAGCCGGAUAUUUUAAUGAGGUACACAGGAAACAGCCAUUGAAUCUCUGGAACAAGACCGAGAAAAAUCAGGAAAACUGCGAAUUAAUGAUUAUUUUUCAGUUUGUUGGCGGUGAUAUAAGUUAUCUAGCUAACAAAAAUCAUUAUUAAUUCCAGCUAAGGAUUUUUCCCCAGACACAAAUAAACAAAUAUGCUGAUUAAAGUAAAGACGCUCACUGGCAAGGAGAUAGAGAUCGACAUAGAGCCAACAGAUAAGGUGGAGCGAAUUAAGGAAAGAGUGGAGGAGAAAGAGGGGAUCCCUCCUCAACAACAGAGGUUAAUCUACAGUGGAAAACAGAUGUAAGA